AUGAUUUCUGUAUUCAAAAAAUUAAGCCGGCACUACAACAAUGAAAAUUUUACACCGACCUUCAAAAAAUAUUGCAAAUAUUUAUGGACUAUUUGCUUAUUACUGGCUUUUUGUGGCAUCGUUGCUUAUGGAUUGACAUUCCUUAUUUUUCGAUAUUAUGGAAAUCAAGACUUCAUUAUUGAGCAUCAGGAAAUACUGUAUCAACUUUCUACAGUGAAACCAGACCCAAUAAAUACAAAAAAUCGUGACUAUAAAAAGCGAAUCGUAGGAUACUACUACAGAAAUGGAAAUGAUUCAAUCAUGAUGGGUCAACUUGCUAAGCUAACACAUGCUGUAUUCGCAUUUCUGGAGCUCCAUCCGGAUGGAACCAUUCAUUUUGAGAGUAGAAAAGCAAAAGAAAGUUUUCUCUAUUUGCGAAAAUUGGCAAGUAUAUUGAAGUUUGACGCGAAAAUAAUGUUUUCCAUUGGUGGACCAGCCAACACACAGUUCUUUUCUCCGAUUAUACAAAAUGAGGAAAUGAAGAGAAAAUUCAUUGAUUCAAUAAUAUAUUUUCUGAAACAGUACAAACUUGAUGGAGUUGAUUUGUUUUGGAAAUGGUCAUCAAGCGGAGACAAAUUUACAUAUUCAUCAUUCCUACAAGAGUUAAAGCAUAAACUCAGAAGCCAUCGUCAAAACUAUAUAAUAUCAAUAGUGUUACCACCCGCUGGAGUAGAUACAUGGGAACUCGGGUACGAUUUGGAAGAAAUAAUGGAACAUGUAGAUUUUAUGAAUGUCUAUUCAAUGGAUUACUCUGGGCCAUGGGAUAAUCAAUGGGGUACACCUACUGGACCAUCUGCACCGUUGGCAUUCAAUAUUGGACCUAGGAAAAAUUUCAAUGUGGACUGGACGAUGAAGUAUUAUUCUUGUAAAACUCAACAACCCGGCAAAUUCAAUAUGGUAAUUCCAUUUUAUGCAAGAUACUGGAACAAUGUACAAGAAGCCGUUGAUCCAAGAACUGAAGUCUUCAGAAAUGCAGAAAUUCGGAAUAACAGAGCAGAUGGUGUCCCGUACAUGGAUCGAAGUUCUGCUGACUAUAAAAUGGCGUCGUGGGACAAUUUGACAAGUACUCCGUACAUAUGGAAACCGGAUGAACGACGAUUUUUCACUUUUGAAAACCAAAAAAGUAUUGCAAUCAAAACUCGAUAUGCUAUUGAUAUGAAUUUGGGAGGUGUAUGGAUUUGGUCAGUGGAUAUGGGUGAUCAUGGAAAUGUCCUCCUGAGUGCGGUUGCUUCUCAAGAAUUUUUAACGUCUAAAAACAAUGGAAAAAAUAAAUAUAAAUGUUGA